GUUUGAUGUUUUUGUUAUUACAAAUUCGCGUGUUAUGAAACUGCCCUCGAUAUCGUGUAUCAUUUCAGAAAAACGAUCAAAUUUCGUUAAUUUACCGGAAUGUUUUUCAUAAAAAUCCUAACAGCGCGUCCAGUGCACCGAUUACAAUGUGUGAGACAAAGAUUUCUGAGCAGUCAAGUCAAUAGCAGUGAAAAAACGCUUGAUCUUUUCCGGCAACAAUACGAGCGUGAUUCCUGGACAAACAUCACUCCGAAGAUUCUUUCGCACCUGGACCGAAAUCUGCAUCUGAAGCAGAACCACCCACUUUCGAUUAUCCGUAAAAAGAUCGUCAACUACUUCUACGGUGCAUACCUGAAUCCGCGAGGGAACCCGUUAUUCAGUGUGUACGACAAUCUGAGUCCGGUUGUUUCCAUCGAGCAGAAUUUCGACAAUUUGUUAAUCCCAAAAGACCAUCCUAGUCGAGCAAAGAGCGAUUGCUAUUACAUCAAUAAGGAUUAUCUUCUUCGAGCACAUACUACAGCUCAUCAGGUAGAACUCAUUCAAGCCGGCCUAGAUAACUUCCUGGUAGUGGGAGAUGUUUACCGACGUGAUGAAAUCGAUGCCACUCACUAUCCCGUAUUUCAUCAGCUAGAUGCCGUAAGAAUAAUUCCUCAAGAUAAGUUGUUCGAGCGAAAUCCAGAGUUGAAAGUUUUCGAAACGUCGUACAAAACGCACCUCAGCAAAGACACCAGCACAAUUUCGGAGUGCAUUGACCAACAGAAACAGCCCUGCCAUACACUGGAAGCGGUUAAACUGUGUGAACAUGAGAUGAAACGAGUCCUUCUGGGAAUGGUAAAGGAACUGUUCGGUAACAAAAUCCAGUACCGAUGGGUGGAAACAACUUUCCCCUUCACUCAACCGUCAUGGGAGUUAGAAAUCUUCUUCAAUGGUAACUGGCUAGAAAUACUUGGCUGUGGUAUUACUAGAAACGAAAUUCUGGAUCGUGCUGGAGUCGACAAUUCAAUUGCCUUCGCGUUCGGCGUUGGUUUGGAACGGUUGGCCAUGGUGCUGUUUGAUAUCCCGGAUAUCAGACUUUUCUGGAGUACGGAUAGUGGAUUUUUGAACCAGUUCAAAGACGACAAGAUCGUCAAGUAUAAACCGAUUUCGGUGCAUCCACAGUGCGCAAACGAUAUCUCGUUCUGGUUACCGCAGGAGCUAACUUUGGAUACUUUUUCGGUUAACGAUUUCUACGACUUAGUGCGGACAAUCGGAGGCGAUAUAGUGGAACAGGUAACACUAAUUGACAAGUUCACUCAUCCAAAAACAGGUAAGUCUAGUCUUUGUUUCCGAAUCAUUUAUCGACACAUGGAAAAAACGCUUACACAAGCCGAAGUCAACGUGGUGCAUGCCAAAAUUGGCGCAGAGCUGAUUAAAGAGUUCAAUGUAGUUAUUCGAUGAGCGUUGGAUCGUUAGAAAAGUAGUGUCAAUUUUCGUUUGUCAAGAAUCCUGAAUAUAUAGCAUUUCUGAAAAUACACUA